UCUCUUUCAUAUCUCUCUCUCCGUACCCUUUUUUUUUUUUUUUGGAAUUUUAUUGAUAAUAAUAGUAUAAUACCCUCUUGGCUCUAGUUACGGCUUAUGUUUUAUAGAAAUAGGGGUUUCAUCGUUCUCCGGAUGAUUUAAGUGAGGAAAGUUAGUCUCUUUGCGCGUGUCCCAUUCUCUUCUCCAAUCCUCCAUAUAGACCCAGAAGAUAAGUCUUUGUUUCUUAUCUGGUCUAGCCUCAGAAGUGUAUAUAAAUAUAAGUAUAUAAAUAUACCCCAGUACCCAGAUGGAGGUCAAGCUAUGGAACGAUAAGCGCGAGAGAGAAAUGUAUGAUAACUUUGCUGAGCUCUAUGCCAUUAUCAAGGCAACCGAGAAGCUUGAGAAAGCCUAUGUUCGUGAUAUCAUCACUUCCUCUGAGUAUGAAACUGAGUGCCAAAAGCUCAUUGCACAUUUCAAGACCUUAGCUUCCACUCUCAAGGACACAGUACCGAGCAUUGAGCGAUUUGCAGACACAUACAAGAUGGACUGCCCAGCAGCCCUCAAUCGUCUUGUCACGUCUGGCGUGCCUGCUACGGUAGAGCACCGUGCUGCUGCAGCCACAUCUGCAUCUACCUCUGCCGCCAUUGUGGCUGAGUGUGUGCAGAAUUUCAUCACAGCAAUGGAUUCUUUGAAACUGAAUAUGGUGGCUGUUGAUCAAGUGCAUCCUUUGUUAUCAGAUCUCUCAGCUUCACUUAACAAGCUGAGUAUAUUGCCGCCUGACUUUGAGGGCAAGACCAAGAUGAAAGAGUGGAUUUCUCGGUUGGCGAAGAUGGGGGCGGCAGAUGAGUUGACGGAGCAGCAGGCUCGGCAACUUCACUUCGAUCUUGAGUCUUCCUACAAUUCAUUUAUGGCGGCUUUGCCAAAUGCUGGUACUUGACUGAUUUGGGUAAUGUUGUAAAUUAGCGGGCAUGUUACUUUUCUUUUGGUAUUUACAUACAUAUACAUAUGUUCUCAUUUGUUGUUGCAACCUAGUAGAAUCUCAGUAAUGACUUAAGAUGUAUUCUUAUUUUUUAAUGGCUUAUACAUUCUGGGGUUAACUGUGUUGCGGUAGCUGAAGGUCUUAUCUUGUGCUGUUCAGAGGAGUUGCAGUUCAUGAGCUCAUUUGAAAAAAAAGAUAUGUUUGUUAUCAUUUUGGCUUUCGAUCCCAAUAUUAGUUCACCUAUUAUUUCU